AUGCACGGUCGCUCCGCAGUCUCACUGAACGCUCGCGUGCCUCGCAGAUGGAUUCUCUCGUGUGUUAACGGAGGAGGAACAGCAGCAGCACGACCUUGGCAGCCUUUUCCAGCCUCGGGAGCUUGUCUCUCACUCAACUGGGCAGCCUCAGCACCACCACGCGCACAUCCAGCCGCGGCUGGAGCCGCAGGAGGUAUGAUCCGCCGUUUCGGAUCUUUGAAUCCUUAUGCCAAGGGCAAAACGGGAACGGAUAUGUAUGUACACCCCGCAGACGAAGUUGAGGCUCAAAGACCUCUGGCGCCAGAUCCUUAUGACGGGACUUAUCAAAGACCACAGGGCGCUCCCGACCCUCGCAGCAUCAGCAGAGAGCAGUUUCAUCAGUUUAUGUACGGAAAGCCACAAAGAUUCUCAAAGGAACUCAAGGUUGCGGUUAUGGGUUGUACGCUUGCUGGCUUUGGCAUUGGGAUUACGUGGCUUACUGUCUACAUCAUGCGACCGGAUGACUUUGAGUGGGUAGAGGAGGAAAGAAAAAGAAUACAAGAAGCAAAGCAACGGAUCCAAGCGAGAAUAGAUAAAGCAGACUCUGUAGGAACAAGCGCAGCAUAA